AUGCAGGCAGCCAGUGCAGUGCACACAGUGUGCCCCCUCAGUACAGCAAACAUGUCUGUGAGGAUACCAGUACUGAAAGAGCCUGUUCUUCCUGUCUAUGUGCAGUUCUCCAGGGACAAGUACAUAAUGGAGGGCCCACCGGAGAAACUACGCAAGGAGCUGGAGGACGAGCUGAAGCUGGGCAGUGAGGAACCACGCAGCCACGCCUGGUACCAUGGUGCCAUCCCCAGACAGGUAAAAGAAAACACACACCCACACACACUCUGGAGGGACAACUCGGCUGCCUGUUUGCCUGACUGUUUUAGAGUCUAAUGAUUUCCGAGCCUUAUUUUAGCUUGGGUCAAAGGAUUCUUGAUAAAGUAUUUUUUGGCGGCCGGCGGCACACGCUGGCUCUUUGUGAAAGAGGAUAGUCAUAUAAAGAGAUGGAGCUGAGAGGGGCUUACUGUGAAAAACGACCAGCCCAAUGAUAGCAUGCAGAGAGGGGAGGGGUUCCUCUGUUGCCAACAGCUACGGCCGGGUGUCCAGUUGCGCACUGAUUUCAUUCAGGGGCCUGUCACUCCCACUGUCUGUUGGUCACCCACCCACCCUGUGGAGGAAUCACAGCACUGGCGCUCUGAAAACAUGGCAACCAUGCAAAACCUUGCGCAUACCCGGGCAGAGCAGGACAGCUGGCCAGACAGACAUGUGUCCAAGCUCAACCAAACACAAUACUUUGUUUGGUAACACUGGGGAGUAUUAUGUGAAUGGAGAGUCAGGGAGCUCAGACACUUUGGCAGGCAGCUCGUCAUAAAUAUGUGAAAACUCCCAGUGUGUCUAGAGGUUUCCAGAGGGGAGCUGUGUGUCUUUCAUGUGGACUAAAGAAUAAAAGCUGGCUGAGGGUCUGGACUUAGGAGGAGGCUGUGACAGAGUGUGACAGAUCCCUGCCCUCUGACCUCUAGGGCAGGGGUGUUCAACUCUUACCCUACGAGGUCCGGAGCCUGCUGGUUUUCUGUUCUACCAGAUAAUUAAUUGCACCCACCUGGUGUCCCAGGUCUAAAUCAGUCCCUGAUUAGAAAGGAACAAUGGAUAAAAACGCAGUGGAACUGACUUCGAGGUCCAGAUUUGAGUUUGAGGGCUCUAGGGGCUGAGCCUUGUUUUGAAAACAGGGAUGUAAAGUCUGAGGAGAGUUAGUGAGGAUAGUGACCCACCUCAACACCCAGGGCUCAGCUCAAAGAAGUGCUUAUACACAGAAUAGUAAAUCAGGGACAGUGUUUUUUCCUAUGAUUCACUCUCAGGUAGCAGCUUGUCUGAAACUGGUUGAGCCAGAUCAGAAUCAGACAAACAAGGACAGGUCAACAACAGAAAUAAGUAUUUAUCUUGACAGGUCUGUUCUACAGCACUAGCUGUAUUGAGUCCAUUGAGCUGUGUGAGGCUCAGUGAUCAAAGGGCAGACUCACUGUCAGUUUGACAUACUGUGGCUGAAUGAGGCUGCAUGGUUAAUUGAAAUGGGCUUCAUUUCAACCUUGUGCUUUCAUCAGUAUCUCACUAAGAGCUUGUCACUGAGAACAUGUCAGUGUGAACAGAGCGGCGCUGACACACACUUAGUAGUGAAAGCUCAGACCGCAGAGCUCGGUCCAUGAACCCCUGCCUCAGUGAGGAUGCUCUGUCUGCCUCAGCACACACACAGAGCGAGAGAGACAGGUCUUAAUUUGAUGGUAACGACACAUGGGUGCCAUCAGAUGACAUUAUGCUUUUUAUUAACGUCUUCUCUUACAGCCGUCCACUGAUCUGCCAGGGACCACGCCUCUAUAAGUCUAAUCAUUAUCCCUAAGAUAAAAGCUCAUCUGUGCUCACUGUGCCACCAAUCCCAUUUCUCAGUACACCCAUCAUCUCCUAGUUUCGUUCUACUGUAUCUCCCAGUGGAGUGGGUGUAGGCCAGGGAGCCCUGCAGCCUUGUUCCAUGUCUUACGUGUGACCUUGUAAGGGGUGUGAGCCAGCAUGUAUCACAGCCCUCCAUUAGGCAUUGUGAGAGUCACAAUGGCUCUGCCAGGCCCUGGUUAGCUACACACGGUACAGUACAGUACACGACUGGGUGUCUCUCAACUAGAACUAGUAAGAUCAGCUCAGUCCACUCCCAUUAUAGCAUUAGAGAACACAUCAGCAGCUCCAGGCUUCAGGUGAUUGAGGUUUUUUUCCCCCAUGCCAGUGCAUGGGGAUAGUAAAGGCUGUCACAGUGCAUGUAUGUCAUACGGAAAAACACUGGCUACUCAAGUUGCUCAACAAGUUGUGCUGGCUAUAGGAUUGUGAGACAUUGAUAUAGAUUGCAAUAAUUAUCAAGUUACACACAUGUCACCCUAGAGUUUUCUUCAAAUAAAAUGAGUUGUUGAAAAGUUUCCUAAUGUCUUUACAGACAACAAAUAAGGCUUUGUGGUGCUACAAUUUUCCCUGCAGUAAAAAAAAAAAACAUAGCUGUUUAAGAAACACUUUCAAUAACCAUCUAAUUUCACAACAAAACAUUUCACAAGGGUUAUCUGCCAGAAAUAUAUAAAUAACAUUGCAUGGCUAAUGGAUGUAAUACGGAUCUCAAUUUCAAUGAGCAAUUUCAUGAGGUAUAAAUCAAAUGACUUUCAAUGCGUCAGACUGGGUUGAUAAACCCAAAGCAUCGCCUCGUGUGUAAAAUCACAGAUGAGACCCUGAAUAAGAAAUGGAGCUCUUUUGAGCUUGUCCUUGCAGUCAUGUGACAGGGUGGCAUAAGACUGGUAAACACACACACGCUCAGUUUUACAGCUCAUGCUGCACCUCCUCAGUAGAACAGAGACUUUACGUAAGGACACUGUAAAACAGCAUUCAUGCUGCCAAGUGAUCCUAAUAAGGUUUAAUAAGCUCCUUCCUGGUGCUAUUGCAGCCCGAUUGUGAAAAGAGGGCUUUUAAAACGUUUAAUUAAAAACCCUCAACCUUCCAACUCCAAAACAUGAUGAUAUAAACAUAAUUACUUAGUUCAAUACUAACUUAAUUAAAAAGUAAAGUAAUUAAAUGUUUGGAAGAACAACAUGAGUGAAGUGGAGUGUGUAGACCAAUGUAUGAGGUGACUGGGGGUUUUGGUCAUUUGACCCUCCAGUUUGGCUGUGUGGCCUGGGCUCAGAGAGCAUUCUGGGAAGUAUCAUGAUGUCACAGUACAGUAACAGUAGCUCUAGAAAAAACUUUCAGUGAGCCAAGCAUGUUACUUAGAAGGCCAUUCAGUGAGAGGGAGUAGAGCGCCUGUAGCCACAAAUCCAACUGUGAGACGAGUGUGACAAACUGAAAACACACUAGACACAGUUCUAACUGUGUGAUAUUGAAAAUACAGUGUGUGAGCUAUAUAGCUGUGUGUAUGUGUGCUCAACAUGUGUCCUCUGGUGUCCAGGUGGCAGAGAACCUGAUCCAGAGAGAUGGGGACUUCCUGAUCCGGGACUCUCUGUCCAGCCCUGGGAACUACGUCCUGACCUGCCAGUGGAAGAACAGCCCACAGCACUUUAAGAUAAACAAGAAGGUGGUGGCCAUGAAUGAGGCCUACUCCCGGGUGCAGUACCUGUUUGAGAAGGAGGGCUUUGACAGCGUGCCCGCCCUGGUGCGCUACUACGUGGGCAACAGAAAGCCAGUGACUGAGGUGGUGGGGGCCAUCAUCUUUCAACCCAUCAACAGGGCCUUGCCCCUGCGCUGCCUAGAGGAGAAGUAUGGGGUGGCCUGUGUCCGUGUGGAGGCUGGCCUGACCCUGCCCGACAGGAAGAGCCAGACGUCUAAACGCCUGAGCCUCAACAUCAUGAACGGACACACCCAGGACCACAGCCUCGGACGGGGGAACCUGCUUAGGUUAGUAGGCUAUCUACAGCGGUUCAGGCCUGUCUGGUCUGGACAUAGUGUAUGUAGUUGGAAAUUGUCUGUGAACGGUAGGCUACAAUGGAGAUGCUUGCUUGCAGGCGCAAGAUACAUUUAUUACAGCAAUAACGUUCCAUGUAUUUUCCUCUGCAGCCAGGAGCUUAUAUAGACACUGUACAUUCCGUCAUACAUUUAUAGGCAGGCAAUUUAUAGGUAGCUAUAAAAUAUAAUUUUGUAGGGGUUUAGUCCAAAUGGAAUUGGCUCCGUAUAAUUUCAUGUAUAGCCUAACAUGCAAACAACACAUGUGCACUCCAAAUUUGUAACACGAAUGUGGGAGUAACAGAGAUAAGUACACGUCUACAAUAAACCAUUCCUGAGGUAAAGUAAGGAGUGGUGUUUAGCCUGGAUGGUGAAUACCAACCUCUGAGCACAAUACCAAGGCAAACCAGGACAAAAAUUACCCCAUCAAAUUACACUGUACCAUUUUACAUAACAAACAGUGCACACAAUGUAUCAGGUUUCUCUAGGGGUUAGUGGUGUGGUGUGCCCAGUGGACGUGUCUCUGUUGGUAGCUAGAGGGCUCAGUCCAAUUGAACACUCUCUUUUUCUCCUUCUGUUUCUCUCCCUCUUUCUCUUCCUCACUCUCUUUCUGUCUAUCAGGAACAAAGACAAGUGUGGAAGCCAGCCGGCGUGUCUGAACCACGUUCAGGAGAGACGACGGCCCCUCAAAACCCACCAGUCAGAGAGCUUCCUCCCGCUAGGUAUGUACCGUCUGCUCUAACUCCCUCGCUCUAUACUCCUCUUUCUCUCUCUCUCUCUCUCUCUCAUAUCCUGUCAUUAUGCUACAGUCAGAGGAUUUACAGCUCUGACGAGCCUGCAAAAUACUUGUUUCCGUGAACAUGCAUUCUUUGCACAGGGGUGGGAAUAUUUCAAAGGCAAAUGUUAAUAUUUUCUUCUUCAAAAUGUUGCUUUGUAUUCUUUCAACUCAGAAGUGAAAAGUGUGACAUGAGCUAGGGAUGAAGAUAAAUGUAUUUCUGAAAGGAUUACAGAUAAAAGCUGAAAUGGAAAUCGAUAGAUGUGCUUGAAGUCUGAGUCUUUGGCAUAAAAGAGCCGAGAGAUCAGAGAGAUUCAAAAUGCUGCAUUCCAUUCUGUGACUGACAAUGUAAUUAAGCUUUGUAUGCAGAGUCAGACUUCAAAUAGACAGCAGGACUCCCAGGCAGCAGCUAGAGAACACAGCAUGGCUCUAGCUGUGUGGUGUUGCUAGGCUGCAGUGUGCAGGUUUAAAUAAUGAUGUUCACCUCUUUCUCGCUCACCCUCUCCCCAGGCUCCAGGCCCCAGCCCCAGUCCCAGCUCAUGGAGCACCAGCCCAGCCCCAAGUCUCCAGUAUUCAGGACGGGCAGUGAGCCGGCCCUCAGCCCCACCGUGCCAAGGAGGAUGGCCUUUGAGACCCAGGCUGGGGAGGCCAUCCGGGGCUCAGACAGCCAACUCUGCCCCAAGCCCCCCCCUAAGCCCAGCAAGGUGCCCUCCAUCAGGAUGCCCUGCUCCCCACGUCUGCAACCCCUGGCUGCCCCAGCCCCGGGUCCCCCUGUACCCCCACUGAAACCCAAGAAGCAGCAUGUGAUCCAGGCUCUCCAGCCUCCGCAGCCCCCCAGCCCGGAAGUGAACUACUGUGAGCUGGGCCCCUGCAGCCCAGCAGAGUGGGACAGGCUCCAGGCCCCAGCCCCAGGGCCCCAGCCCAACAACAACAGUUACGUAGAGAGGCUGAGGACAGAGGAGAGCCAGAGGAGCAGCCACGGCUCCAAACUGGACCGCAGCUCCUACCACCACGCCAUCGUAGCCCUGGAGAAUGGCAGCGAAGAGGUGGAAGGAGGUGGAAAAGGAGGGAUGGAGGAGAUAGAGGAGACUGUGGAGGAGAAGGAGAGAAGCUUCCGGCGGCCGGUGUUGGAGACUGCGUCUGUGUUCCGGCCGGGGGAGUUUGAGUCGAGGCUGCUGCCUGCAGAGAACAAACCCCUCGAGAUGAGUGUGCUGAAGAGAGUCAAAGAGCUGCUGGUCCAUAAAGACCACCACAUCAUCGCCAAGCACAUCCUCAUGGCAGACUGCCAGGUACUGCAGUGCACUGUCCCACUACACACCAUACCCACAUUACAUUCACCACUAGUCCUACUGGAUGUCUCCUACUCAGGGCUGAAUCCCAACCAGAGAUCAUAACUGAUAUUUCAGUGUACAUCAUGAAUUGAUGAUAUACACUGAGUAUACAAAACAUUAAGAACACCUUCCUAAUAUUGAGUUGCACCACACCCCCUUUUGCCCUCAGAACAGCCUCAAUUUGUCAGGGCAUGGACACUACAAGGUGUCGAAAGUGUUCCACAGGGAUGCUGGCCCAUGUUGACUCCAUUGCUUCCCACAGUUGUUUCAAGUGUGCUGGAUGUCCUUUGGGUGGUGGACCAUUCUUGAUACACACAGGAAACUGUUGAGCAUGAAAAAGCCAGCAGCGUUGCAGUUCUUGACACAAACCAGUGUGCCUGGCCCCUACUACCAUACCCCGUUCAAAGGCACUUGAAUAUAUUGUCUUGCCCAUUCACUCUCUGAAUGGCACACAUACACAAUCCAUGUCUCAAUUGUCCUUCUUUAACCUGUCGUCUCCUCUCUUCAUCUACACUGAUUGAAGUGGAUUUAACAAGUGACAUCAAUAAGGGAUCAUAGCUUUCACCUGGAUAGUCUACGUCAUGGAAAGAGUAGGUGUUCUUAAUGUUUUGUAUACCCAGAGUAAAUUUGCAGGACAGUUUGAUGAGUUAGGAUUCAGGUCUCAUUCUUCAGCAACAUCUAACUAAGUGGCUAGACACAGUCAGGCACACAGAGGGCAUCAGAGACAGACUGGCAUUUCAUUAAUUUCCUCUCGUUGGUAUUUGGCCUUUUACAGACAGGUGUCUUAAGUCUGUCUGGGUGUGGUACACCACACAAGUGCAAAAUGAAACCAGUGAAUUUAAUUUAGUAGCCUAGGCUUGAAGGGAACAUCUUUAUAGUGUUGUUGAAAACAGCUAUGGUACAAAGUUAUGUAAAUGUUGCUUUGAGAUGUCGCUUGUUUAAUUCAGUUAGAAGGAACUAAUGAUCAAUGAUAGGAUUUCCCCAAACAUGACCAUACUAAAACACUUCCAAAACCACACUAAUACAAAAAAUUAUGUACCUGACAGAUUGCGAGGGUACAUGGCAUCUCUGAGGAGGUGAAAGGUCAAAUGGGUGUGUCCUCUGGUCUGGAGCUGGUGACCUUACCCCAUGGCAGGCAGCUGCGGCAAGACCUGAUGGAAAGGUAAACACACACAUAUACACACCCAAAUCCUCCUCAGGUGCUAGUGACCCCACAUGUAGACCACAAGAGGUUAUAGGGACUUAUGACUGAACUUUCUGUUGUGUAACCCAGGCACCACACCAUGGCCAUCGGGGUUGCCGUGGACAUCCUGGGCUGCACAGGAAGUCUGGAGGAGCGGACCGCCACGCUGAACCGCAUCAUCAUGGUGGCUCUAGAACUGAAAGACUCCAUGGGGGACCUGUACGCUUUCUCCUCCAUCAUGAAAGCGCUGGACAUGCCUCAGGUACCACACUCAAUACAGCCGGACACAUAAGACACGGUCCCCCAAACCCACCACGUGGUCUGAGAUGAGUCCUUAACCCUUCACACUUGUGGGAAUUGGCCUAUAUGGAUAGGGCUAAAUUGAAAUGUUUCUUACAGAAGAAAUAUGAAAACGCAUAACCAUGGUAGCUAUUGAAAGGGAACAGUUUAGAGAUUAUGGGGAAAUUAUUAGACCAAAGGUGAGGACAACAGUUCACCUGACAAGACUGAAUCCAAACAUUACACUGUUGAUUUUGUGCAUUUUACAUUUACUGUACUUUUCGCCGCAUUUGUUGAUAACGAAAUCUGAGAAUACUCUGGAUACAUUCAGUAGCAUGAUAAGACUAUUCCUGGAAAAUGUGGGGUAGGUGCAACAUAAGACAAAAAAUGACAAGGGUUUGAGUGAGAGGACUAACUGGUGUCUCCAAGUGGCCACACACCUCUCCAAAGUGUGCACAGCGCCUAAGUAAUGUCAAUGCACUUUUAUGACUCAAACGUCAACUAUAAGGUGCUUUUUUGAGCUCUCCUAGCUGUGCCGUUGUGGAACUAGAGCAAGCACACUUGUAGUUGAUUUGUUUGGAAUAAAACCCUGCAUCCCCGCCAUCACACAAUUACUGUUGUUGUUUACGCAAUCUAAAAACAGUCUAUUAUAAAUCGCAAUCUUGGUCAGGUGGGCAUGAUUUGAAAGCUUGCUCUAUUGCCAACAUGACUAGCUAAGUUAUAAAAUACGAUCUUACAAUGUUAGGCUUUCACAAAGCAAUUCAGAGAAACAGAUUGUAAUUUUGGUUGCCAUAGAAAGGAGUAGUGUGUGUAUUCAGGUGCGUGUUCCGUGGCAGAUUUUCUUCACAUUAGACAAACAGACUCACUCACUCAGAACAACCCAGCGUGACGCAUUGUCAUCCUGUAACUGUACAUCAAACAUAGUGACCAUAAACGUUGACAUUGUAUAUGACAUGAGUUUUAUGAUUUGAAAAUGUGAAGUGCACAUUUGAACUCACUGGUGUUUGGCUUGCUUGUAUGACAUCAAAGCUGUAUUUAUUAUAAUCCUCAACGUCUCAUUUUAAAGUCCUCUUAAUUUACAGAAUUUCCCUCACUCAGGCAACAAAAAAUUUGCCAAAGUUGCCCAAUUAGUGGGAGGGAUGGGGCAACUUCUUGUCGUGUGCGGCGCUCAAGUUCAGAAUGGCUGUCAUCAAAACCCACACAGAGCUGUGAAGCGCAGAGCCAGGGCUCUGAUGUCAUGUAUAGCAUGUUACUGUACAGCCACUGCGUUCCAAUUUAGGCGUCUAUCAGUGUCCAAAUCUGCCAUUUUCAACCCGUAUAAUGGUAUGAGUGUAAAGGGCUGCAGGCGUAGGCUGAAGAGAUAUUGUGGUUGUUUCCUAACAGCUCUCUGCUCUUGACCACAGAUCACACGGUUAGACCACACCUGGACCAUGCUGAGGAGGAAGUACACUCAGACUGCCAUCAUAUACGAGAAGUCUCUCAAGCCCUUUUACAAGGGACUGUAUGAAGGAACAGGUAAAAGCACUUCAAUGGAGCCUUCAGUUGUAGUUGUGUGUUAGUGGUUGCAGUCUCUGACCGUGUCCCUGUGUGUGCGUGUAUAGCGGACAUGCCCCUGACAGGCACCACGGUGCCUCUACUGAUGCCCCUGCUGACGCUGAUGGAGCGCCCGGCGGUGGCAUUCGAGGGCAUGGAGCUGUGGGAAAGCAACGACCAGGGCUGUGAAAUCCUGCUACGCCACCUGGAGGAGGCCCGCAGCGUGGCACACAACGCUGACUCAUACACCGCCAACACUGAACGCGUCCUGCAAGGUAAUACACUCCACACCCACUGCUAGAUACACACCUACUGCUAGAUACAGGGCUCACAGUUGUCCAAAUGAAUUGCUAUGCAAAUACUCCUGUCCAAAACGACCUGUAUUCACAUUUGCCCAUAGCUUUUUUCAUAGUGCCCGAGAUUGCGAAAGACACUAUAACAAAAGCCAUACUGCAUGUCUCAGCAGGUAUGAGUUACAAGGCUAAUGAUAACGUGUUCCUCUUUCUGGUUGCAGAUUUCCAUGCUGACAAGGACCUUUUAGAGAUCUGUAAAACAGACUUCCAGCUGCGUCUGCUGUGGGGCAGCAGAGGGGCGGCCGUCAACCAGACGGAGAGAUACGACAAGUUCACACUCAUCCUGACUGCUCUGUCCAGGAAACUGGAGCCAGCGGUCAAACACACAGAACUCUAAUCAGAGCCUGUGGUAAACAGAAUCUGUAUUACUGAACAGUGGUUGGUCGUAUGUAAAAGGACAGUCAGGCUGGUUAAGAGAGGACAAACUGUGCCCUGUAUUGUCUGGGAUGAGGAAGACUGUUACAGAGCGAGACUGCUGUCCUUUCUCAACCUGUCCACUGGAGGGAGUGUGAGUCAGAUCCAGUUGGAACAUCCCUGUCAGGACACUGAUCUGAGUGUGCUGAUAUGAAGGGGAAAUAUUUCCCUCCGUGACGCAGGAGGUGGGUAGCCUGGUCCCAGAUCUGUUUGUGCUCUUGCCUACUCCAUUGCAGUCAUUGUCAAGUCAAUGGCAUGA